GCUAGGAUUAGACUGGCACUGCUCAAGUCCUCCAAUGAGAUUAAAUAAACUUCAGUAAACCCUAAUGGGGAUUUAGAGGAUGUCUGUCUGUGUGUGUGUGUGUGUGUGUGUGUGUGUGUGUGUGUGUGUCACGUCUGUGUCCAUGAGUACAUUUGGGUUGUCCCUUCAUAGAAAAAAAUUAAACAGAGAAAUUAGCAUUUUGACAUUCACACACUUGACUCUGUUUGUGUGUGAUUGUGUAGCUAGUCCUACAAUCUUCCGUCAUCUGACCAAUCGGAAGAUAUUUCUUAAAUGUGGCUCCCUUGCCGCCGCCGCCACCCCCUUCUCCACUCUAAUCUCAUACAAUGCAUAUGCUUAACUCAGCUCUGUAGUGACUCAGUAAUCGUAAUCAGGGAAGAGAAAGAGGAAGAAAUAGUAUCCUCCUUCAGAGUUUGACAGUAAACCGAAGAUUGUGUCAUCUGAAUGGGGUGCCUCCACACCAGAAAUGAAGUUGUAUGUACUCUGAUUUCACUUAAUUUUCUGUACAUUCCUAAUGAAGCCAGAUUAGUUAAACAUUUGUCAAGUGUAUAUGUGCUUUAGAGGCAGAGUCUGGUAUUAAAAAGUGAAGAAGGAGCUUUAAUGAUAUUUCUAAGGGGGAACGUUCUGAUUUUCUAUCACCACAGCACAGCUCUGCAAGGCAGCAUGGAGACUUGUAGUUCUUGCCUGUUUUUGAUUUGCUGGCGUGCAUGUGUGUCUGUGUGUGUCUGUGUGUGUCUGUGUGUGUGUAUGAAUCACUGUCUUAUAUAAUUGACCAAGGGCUUCUACAUGGCUGACUGGCUUUCUCUUCUGCCCACCCCUGUUGCUGGUGCAGGGAGGUUCCCUGCUAGGCUCCAGAGUGUCACUGACAAUCUGCCCAUGUCGUCUUGAUGAAUGUGUUGCCCUGUGUGUUUGUGUGUGUGUGUGUGUGUGUGUGUGUGUGUGUGUGUGUUGUCACAGCACAUUUCCCCUUGUGUGUGUGUGUGUGUGUGUUGUUUCCGUUGUCAAAGAUGAGGGGAGAAAAGAGGGAAGGGAUAUGACAAACAUUAGGGAGGGCUCACUCGAGACUCAAGACUCACUUGUGGGAAGUUCUUCUUCAAUUUACCAUAGUCAUGUGCGUGUCUUGCUUCCUGAAUGUACUGUGUGUGUGUUUGUGUGUGUGUGUGUGUGUGUGUGUGUGUGUGUGUGUGUGUGUGUGUGUGUGUGUGUGUGUGUUUGUGUGUCUUUGGGAGAGUCUAUGGCACUUGUUUGAUCAUUCCCUGUCAUUGCUUGGGUGGCUGCUGCUUAUGAAUAUCCUACUGACCCUGAAAAAAACAGUCAGCUGAAACAAGAAAGAGACUCCAGUCACCUUUGAUCUGGUCUCUUUACAUAUUUUAGUCAUCAAAGAGCCAUCGAACACAUGCUCUCCGCUGCCCACAAUUACAAUGGGACUCAUUUCACAGCUGUGGCCCUUGGCUCAUUGUUAAUACUUUUCAUUAUCAGAGAUCUUACUUGUGCACUUACUGAAAUUUCCAGAUGCCAGUUCUUCUGUUCAACUGACACAUUUUAUUUUGCAGUUUGUCUGCGUGUGUGAGCAUGGGCAUUGGUUGGGUGUCUGUUUUAUUCAGGAUCAGUUUCUAAGCUAGGAGAGGCGAUGGAUUGUUCCUAGCAGUCAUUAAAGUCCUUUUCUGGGGACAGGUUUGGCUGUCUAGCUGUGUUAAAUGGUUCAUCAGACAGGGCAGAGCUGACAUACAGUGAGCAAAAAAGAUUGUUAGUUGUCAGUAUUGCUUUGAUGAGGAGUCCCAGUCUUAACGUAUCAAGAGGCAUUGAAGGUUUUCAGUAUCAAAGACUUAGCAAAGGCGGCGUUGUGACAUGGACAUAUUUGGGUUUUAUGAGUAGCAGAGUGUGCAGAUAGAGGGGUUGUAGUUUUACAGUGUUUGUUGAAUUAACUUGUCGGUUUAAUAUUGAAUAGCACCAAUAAUAUGCUACAUUAAAAACAAACAACAAGGAUUUUUUUUGCCUUUACUAAACAAAAGCAAAAGUAUAAAGAACAGUGUGUCUAACAUAAGAUGCAAUAGUUAGCAGCAAUAGUAAGCUGCAAUAGUCCAGCUGCAUUACAUACAGUUAGUUGACUCUUUAUCCAAAGUGACUUAUAGUAAAUGCUUGUGAAUACAUGUGAAUACACUACCAUUUGCAAUACAUCAAUACAGUACAGUACAUCAAUUUAUAUGCUAAACUACUACACAAGCUACUAGAUUACUACCUACAAUAGUAACCAAGCAUCAGUUCCACAACCAAAGAAAACAUCAUUCUCUACCUACAGUUGUUUGUGAGAUUACAGGUUGAGGUAAAAACAGCUCCAUUCACAACAUAUCUACUGUGUAGUAUUACUAAAAUGUCUGGAAGCCGAUUCUGGAUGCUGUCAGAGUUUAGGGUAAUGUUAUGAGCUCUGUCUAUCACAUUUUGCAUCUAACAGCCUGAGCUUCAUUUUUCUUUUCUUACCUGACUAGCUCUAUGCUGCAAGAACAAUGCUGUUUCUUCAUUACCCUGUCUUCUACAUGGAUCUUUUUACAAUAUUCUCCUUUUAGAACAAGUCAACUGGAAACAUUAGACAGUCAACCAGAGAGAGCAUCAAGUCUUGGAGCCACUGUCUAGCUUAAUUAACUAGAGCUGAUAAAAAUCUUCCAGCGACAGUUGUUACUUCAACUGUCAAAAUCGACAGUUGCUGUCCAGAAAUGAGAAGCUGCUUUUAUCUGGUAGAAUUUUGUCACUGUUUUCAUUUUAAACUCUGUAUGUGCCAUGUGCAAAUUUUACAGUAAUAAAGGGAGCUUGCAAACAAUCAAUUGUAGUUCAUUUAUCCAUGUGUAAACCAUUCAAAAUACUAAAGGAAAAUUUAGAAAAAUUCUCCUGAAUUAAAUUGAACAGUAUAUGUAGUAUGAUGGUGGAUUUUCUUCUUUAUGACAGAGUUCUCGCCCCGGUUCACUGAAAUAAGCAAUAAGCACAUUAUAAAUAAUGGGUCUGCUGCCCAAUAACACAUUGUAAAUGAAUGAUUAAAAUUGUGUGGUUCCCCAUCUGUAUUAGGUAAGAUGCUAUAAAUCAAGAGCGUACAUACAGAGCAGGAAGGUAUUCUUGUUGUUUCUUUUAUUAUCUAAUUUGCUCUGUAACCUGCGGUUGUACUGUACAAACCUAUUGUACGGUUAAUGUCACCUUAAUGAACAUGUUGUUUCUGUACUAUAUGUCUGUAAACAGAAAUGUACUAUCAGAGGAGGAAAGAACACCAGGUUGAUAAAGACUGAAAUGGCAGUGAAGUGUCCCAUGGUUUGUGAGUCUGCGUCCCAUGCCUGCAUCGACAGAGAAAAUAACCCACUAACAGGGCCGGUGUUCAAGAACCCAGUAUGCAAAGUGUACAGAUUUCAAACAGUGGACAGCAAGUGGAUGCUUGUGCGGGAACAAAUGGAGGAGUGCACGUUGUCCUUUAGCGUCCCUAAACAGCUGCUCUCGCUGUAUAUUCAGGAGGACAUGAGCAGGGUACAGGACCUGAGGGAGCUGGGGGAGCUGUCUCCUCACUGGGACAACUUAAGAAAAGAGGUGAUGACACGAUAUGGAGGAAUCAUCAGCUCCUACCAGGAGACUUUGGCUGAACUGGACAAGAUUACUGGUCGUUCAUUCAAGCCAAGCUGCUGCAAAGCCCAGAAAUCUCUGGAGUUCAUCCCAAUAAACUUGCACACCCAGAGGAUGAGGGUGACGUGCCCCAGAAAAACAGAUGCGUUCUAUGACAUUGUUACUGUUGGUGCCCCUGCAGCCCACUUCCAAGGCUUCAAGUGUGGUGGUCUUCAGCGUGUCCUUAGCAGAUAUGAAGCAGAGAAAAAGAGCUUCAGCACUGCCUACCAGUGUAUCUACUACUCUCCAGAGCACACAGCCAAAGCUCAGGAGGUGCUCAGCACCAUGAGCCUCCUCCAGCCCCUCAUCACAAGCUUAGCGGACCAGCUCCUCCAGGCUGCCCAGGAGCACUCUUCCCCCGGACUGAGGGAUGCACUCAAGAACCUUUCUGACAAGACAGAACAAUUUGUUCACACACUUAAGGAUGAAUUGGUCAAGAGUGCGCUGCUAGCACUGCACGCAGCACGGCCCGGGUACGUUUCCAAGAACCAGAAGCAAACCCCGGUGCAGGGAGGCCAACAUCAAGGCCACAUCCACCAGGACAGUGACCAGAAUCAAAGCCCAGUCCAGGGACUCCCAGGCCACAGUCCAACCUUGUCGGUCACUGAGAGCACAGCGGUGUGUAAUAAUGUGGAGGGAUCACAAACCACGACUAGAGGAGAAGGUGGGACUCUGCCGCUGAAGCACCAAGACUCCAUACCGCACCAUAAAGAGUAUGACGAGGAGGAGUGGGACAGGGUGUGGGCCAACGUGGCCAAAUGUCUGAACUGUGUAAUCGCCAUGGUGGAUAAACUCCAGGAGGAAGACAACAGCAAGCAGGAGCCAGUCCCUGACCAGCAGCUAGCUGAUGUCAUCACCUCACACAACCCCGGCGACUGGCGGGAGCAGCUGCGUCCUCCAGUGACCAGGUUAAAGGAGUGUGUGAUGGAGGUGGUGGAGAAGGCGAAGAAAGCCAUGACCUUUGUGCUCCUGCAGGAGGCAGCCUGUAGCAUUCCACAAGGCUUUCUCCUCCAACAGAGGCGAGAUGUGGUCUUCAGUCAGGCACUGGCAGCCUUAGCCUGCGGUUUCGUGAUGAGGCUGUACGCAGGAAUGCAGGACAAAGGCUUCCUGAGGCAGCUCCACCUGGUUGGCCUGGUGGCCCAGUUUGAGAGCCUUCUCAGCACAUACAGUGAAGAGAUUGGGAUGCUGGAGGACAUGGAGGUUGGGAUCUCAGACCUGCAGAGAGUCGUGUUCCAGAUCACAGAGGCCAAGACAGAUGACCUCAGCGACCUCCAACCUUUAGUGUGUGGCCGACGAGACCACUUCACUGUAGAAGUGCCAUUACCACGACUGGUUUUCCAGACCUUGCCAGAGGAAAUCAAGGAGGGCAAGCCUCUUCGAGUUUUCCCGGUGCUGUUUAACGUGGGCAUCAACGAACAGCAAACUAUAGCUGAGAGGUUUGGAGAUAUCUCUCUACAAGAAAGAAUAAACCAGAGGAACUUUGAGAUGUUAGAAGCCUAUUACAAAUCAUUAAGUGAAAAGGUGCCACUAGAAUGUCUACCGUGUUUUCAGACACAGACUGACAUAAAGGAAUUACUUGAAACCCUGGGCCAGAAUGUAGUCACAAAGAAGAGAAAGAAUGUGGAGAUACUAUGGAUUGCUGGAACGAUCUGCCGAAGGUUAAAUGGCAUCAGGUUUACCAGCUGUAAAAGUGCCAAAGACCGGACAUCCAUGUCUGUCACAUUAGAGCAGUGUGCCCUCCUACGUGAUGAACACCAGCUCAGCAAGGAUUUCUUCAUCCGUGCUCUGGACUGUAUGCGGAGUCGGCUGACCCAGGGAGACAUUGGGCAGUGGGAGGACCCUGAGGCUGGCGCGUUGACAGAGAACAAACCAGCAUCACGACACUUUUACCCCAUUGCCCUGCUGCUCGUUAGCUCCCACUUACUGGUUGUGUGGCUCAUUUUAAGUCUUGUUUUUCUGCUUGCAAAAUAUCAAUAAAUUGCUGACAAUGCCA